UGUAUACAUUCCUCUAUGCGUGUCGUCUGCUGGAUGUUGGGCUGGCAUCACAGGCCUAUCACUACUGGGAUGUCUUUACUCAGACUGCAGGAGCCCUGCAUGGUGCUGCUGGAAGAGCUUAUUAAGGUAUAGCACUUCACCAUGGCACUCUGACAUACGCUGACCUACAGUAUACAUUCAUACACACCUAUCUAUGCACAUCCAAACAUACUCUAAACACAGUCUGCAGGGAGAGGUUAUGAAGGUAGCAUACUGUACUGUACAUGUUAUAAACACAUUUUAUGCCAAAGUGCAUUCCUAGUAUCCAAUCACUUUAGGGCCUGUAUUCAUAAACCAUCUCAGAAUAAACCACCUUUUAGAUCAUAGGGCAGGGGUCGGCAAGAGGCGGCCGCGGGCCAAGCCAGGAAUUUAUUUUGGCCCCAUAAGCCCCCCAUAUUAAUUAUGAAUAUAAAAUAAUGUAAAAUGUCACAAAAGUAAUGUCCCACAAAGGAAGUUAACCCACAUGAAUAAUGCAGAAGUUACAUUAGAACUUAAAUUCAUGAGGAGAGAGAGUGCAGGAGACAGUCAACUAAUAACGGAAGUGGCAGACAGCUUUGUAGUGCUGAAACGUAAAGUGGUGGCCACGGCAUAAUUAAACCGAGGUGGACAGCGCAUGGCACUGAAAGUAAUUUGAGUAAUUAAUUUAAAAACAUUUCUUAAUUUGAAUUCAACUUCACUAACAACAAGAGGGCUUUGUUGGAGCCUAUUUCUUCCUAUUCAAUAAAAUAAGAGGUCGGCCUACCUGUUUGACAGACGCAAUUAUGGUAUCCAUAGAUUUGUCCUUAGCCAAAUCCUCCAAUACUGUCAUGUCACCAUGCACUCCUUAAAUACCUCUGUGUCUGUGAAGGGCUUGGUGUGUUUGAUUAAAACCAGAGCUCGAAUUGUGAGGGUACUUGAGGGUAUGCCAUACCCUUUGUUAAAGAAAAUGUCAAAAAGGAAACCCCUUGUUAGCUUUAUAUUUAGAUAAUAAAUAAAUAAAAUGCGCUCGAUAACAAUGCUUAACUCUGUGAUGCCUUAUGCUAGAAACAAGCUUUAAAAUGCCCACGACUCCGAUGUAUAUGGUGAUAUCUUUAGUUAGUCUUAUUUUGAGGCUGAGCUCUGGCCUUCUAUAUUCGAGGAGACAAGGAGACAAACAAUUGACUUUGCUAUUCUGUCGCUAUAAAUUGAGCUAUUCACUGUAAAAAGAUAAGAUGUUUAUACCCAGCUAGCUUUUAGGAAUGCACCUGUGACCUUCUGUUGUUGGGUUAAGCAACGGACGAGUAGCCAGCAGCUGAAGCUUACACUUUUCUGCAUCGGUCAGGCCUCUGUCUGAGUGGAAAGGUAAUACUUUUUUAAGUAGGUUACCAUGUUUAGAUUCGUAAGAACAUCUAAUAUUUAAUUAUUUGUCCUCUCCCCCCAGCUGGCAGAGCGGCUGAAUCAGUGUGAGGGAAUGGGACAACUCUGUGACACAGCUGACAACAGGCCUGGACAGGACCCUGACUGGCUACAGCAGCUGCGAUACAGAUAGCAGGGCAUACAGGUGACCACACCACAAUGCAUCAUCAUUGUACCCGUCAUGUCUCUCUGUCACAUGUUCACAUGUUCCUCUGUUUCUGUUGGAGAUGAUGAUUACAGUAUAACACUUAUUUAUUGGGUACAAACAACCUUGUAUAGAGUAGUGAUUUGUUGUUGUUGAUUGAGUAAUGGUCGUAAAUGGGACUCACUGUCGUUGGAUGUUGAGACUCACUAAAGCCUGGAUAUUAGGAUGGAUAUGGAUAUUAGCCUACAGUAUAAUCCACUGGUACUGGUAGGUUUUCAGGUGAGUGAAUCUAUGUCAGUAGGCACUUAUGUCAAGGUUGCUGAGGUGGUAAGUAUUUACUAUAGUCCAGCUGGCAAGACUAGUGUCUGGUUUUAACUUGCCUCUACCAGCACAAUGUUUGACCUUACAUAGCCACUGAUAGCAUUGUUGUUACGACAUUAUGAUCCCUUUUUAGCGUUCAAAUUAUAUGUGAAAAACAAUACCAUACUCUUUUGAAAUUCUUCAAUUGGCUCUUAUAAUCUUAAUUAUGUGUUUUUUCUCUCUUCCAAAACAUUCACUACAGAUUAAGAUGCUAUGGUUAAAACAUAUGUAUUUGCUUAGAUGGGGAGCUAUGGUUGUAGUGAUACAUACCUGUCACCAGCAGAGGAGAAUGCAUAGGCCAAUGAGGAGAGCAGAGUACAUUCAGGUAAACCUACAGUCCCAGAUCAUUAUUUCAAUGGACAAUUAAUUAUUUUGAUUUAUUAAGCACUUUUUCAGAUGCUCAAAGCAUUUACAUAAUAAGGGGGAACUUACCUCAUCCACCACUAAUGUGAAGCACCUACCUGGGUGAUGUACAGCCACCAUUGGUGCCACACAUAAGCUGAACAGACAGACAGACUGCUCUGUGUCUGUCUGUCUGUAUGGUGUGGUACCCUCUUAUUCCACCUGGGGGGGAGUGUCUCAUGUAUCAGAGUUGCAUGAAAACUCAUCAGGUGGCUUGUCCUAUCAACCAGUUACGUAGGGUUAGAACCAUGUUGCAUCCCUGUCAAAAGUAGUGCACUAUAAAUUGAAUAGUGUGCCAUUUGGGACGCACCAACAGUUUCUCCUUUGGUUUCCGUAUAGAAUCAGACACCGGUGACCUUUCAAAUCAAAUCUAAUUUUAUUUGUCACAUACACGUGUUUAGCAGAUGUUAUUGCGGGUGUAGUGAAAUGCUUGUGGUUCUAGCUCCGACAGUGCAGUAAUAUCUAACAAGUAAUAUCUAACAAUUUCACAACAUAUACCCAAUACACACAAAUCUAAGUAAGGAAUGGAAUUUAAGAAUAUAUACAUAUAUGGACAAGCAAUGACAGAGCGGCAUGGACUAAGAUACAGUAGAAUAUUAUAGAAUACAGUAUAUACAUAUGAGAUGAAUAAUGCAAAAUACUUUCUGUGAGGGGUGAGGUCCAGGGUCCAGACGCUGAAUUCUUGUAUCACAAAGGAGCAGAAGAACAACAACAACAGCACGUGCAGGCACAGCAGAUCAACGUCCCACCUCUGCUGCCAGUCAUGGCUUCUUACACUCAUCCUGCAGUGCCCCUUGUGGUGGGAGGUCAGGACUACAGUUACCACUACACAGACACUGCCCAGGCUCAGCUUCAGCAUCAGACUGCACCUCAGCAUCCUACACUGGACUGUCCUUCAGCAACGGAAGGUGAGACAAUGGAUGAGGGUCCUGAUUUUGAUUGAGCAAACAUACUCAUGAUUCACACCUGUUUCUAGUGGUUUAAUAUUAAACAUGCUCAUUUAAGUUCAAUCCUUUUCACAAAUUUUGUGAAUCUUCUUACAUGUUUCUGUUGUUAACUGUGAUAUGAGGACUUCAUGCUUUGAUUUCAUUGUAUUCUUCUAGACGCUGAUCCUUCUUCUGGCCCAGGCAUGGUGAGUCCUUGGGAGAGUUUUAUUGGCUACCAAACAUACAUUACAUGUGAUACACAAACAUACCCCCUAUUGGCACAUACAAAUAAGAGGACAUUGAAUUUUAUCUCUGUAAAGGUUUCCAGUUAUUUACUGAGCACCUGCUGUUUGUGUUAGUGGUGCUAUAUUUGAUAUGUAUACUUAUGAUUUAGUAAGGUGUAGUUUAUUGUCAAGGCGUACAACAUUUGCAGCUAAGAGCUGAAUUGCAUCUAAAUAAAUAAACAAAUAAUUCAAUAAUCAAAUCAAUCAUGUGAAAAUGGGUGAUAAAUGUAUUUGUGAGACUCAGAUGAGGUCACAUAACUGUGCCCAUGUUUCUGUCUGUGUCCAUGAAGAUGUCAACUGACAGUCUGUCUGUCCUAUGCAGAUGGGGGUCCAUAUGAAUGUUGGGACGAUGCCCGUGGCAGAGUAUGGUCAGCAGUAUGGCCAGGAGUAUGGUCAGAAGUAUGGUUAUGGAGGUCAGCAGGCAUGGCAGCAGGGAGGGCACCAGGGUACCAUCACGCAGGAGGGAAAGGCCUCAGAGACAGACAAAAUUCAACCAAAACAGGUGGGUAGAGCCUGAAGCCUGUUGUCAUGUCGACAGCAUCAAAUAUGAACCAGGGAUUUGUUUUAAUGAGCCUCUCUCUCUGUCUCUCUCUCUCUCUGUCUCUCUCUGUCUGUCUGUCUGUCUGCCCUUCUGUGUGUGUGUGUGUGUGUGUUUGUGUGUGUGUGUGUCUGAUCAGAGCAACAAGUCAGGGUGGUUUAUCAGCUGGUUCAAACUCAAACCCAAAGAGUAG